CCACCAUUCUCUUUUUUCUCAGUCCGUAACUCCAUAUACUCAGUCUCCCUCCUUUAUCGCCGUUAACUCCCUAUUUCCUUUCGCUCUCUAAAACGGAAUACUCUUUUUAAGUUUUUUUUUUAUCUUUUUUUAUUUUUGGAAAAUCAUCCUCCUCCAUAGAUCUCCAUCUCCCUCCCUCUUUCUCUCUCAUUCUUACCCAAAAAAGAAAAAGUUUUCUUUUUUUUUGCUUUUCUUUUUCUAAAAAAUGGGGAAGUUAUUCUGCGACAGCGCCUCCGUAACGGAAUCUUUAACCCCACAAUCACCACCGUCUACUACAUGGAGGGAUCUACCACCACUAUUACCCUCAACCGUUGAUAUUCCACCAACAUCAUGGGAUGAUGUAUCAGGUUUAGAAGAUCAACAAAGAAAGAAUCUCUCCAGGUUGCAUGCUAAAGGAGUCCUGUGGACGCAUCCAAACCAUAAAUCAGUACCACCAGUUGUUUUUCGGUUAACUCAUGGUGGUGAUGUGGCUUCUGAUGGGAACUGUUUGUUUACGGCGUUUGAGAAAUCGGCGAGAUGGGGUCUACGAGAAAGUAAUAAUAAUGGAGGAGAGUGUAGUAAUUGUGGGGCCAGCGAGUUGAGACAAAGAACGGUUAAAAGAUUUAAACAAGAUUUUGAAUCAGCGGAAAAGGAAGAAAAAGAAAGAGUUGAAUUAGUGAUUAAGAAUUUGUAUUCUCCUGAUCUGGAAUCUGGGUGGGGAAUUCAUUUGGUUCAAGAAGUUAAAUUGUUGGCUAAGAAAUCUGACCGUCAGAUCUUAGAUGAUGCCAUUCGUCAACUCACUGAUCGUGGCAUGUUAAGAGCAUUUGCGGCAGAGUCAAUAUACAAAGAGACAUGUGUUCCAGUGGACAAUGGCUGGAGCUGGGCCAAUUACAUGUCUACAUCUGGUUCACCUGAUGAUGAAUAUGAUAUCAUCACAUUGCAAUAUACUGCGGAUGGUUUGCUAACUGUAGAUGAGAAUAGACAAGGUCGCAAUGCUGCUUUUGGGGAUGAUAUUGCCAUUGAAUGUCUUGCUAAUGAGUUCAAGAGAGAGAUUUUUGUGGUACAAGCACAUGGAUCAGAUGCCGUGGUCGAUGAAGAAAAUUGCGUCUUCUUUCUCCCACACCGCCCAAGGGGUGAAAUUACUGGACUACCGCUCUUUCUCUUCAUGAAAGGCACAGGUUGGUGUGGUGCUGGAGCUGAUCAUUACGAGCCUUUGAUCGCCCACCCAUCUUCUGUCGUCCCUCAAGAGAAAGUCGGUUUUGUUCUGUGAGAUUUUUAGACAAUACAGUUUUGAGGUAGAGGUUGGACGUUAUGAUGAGCAGCAGCGAGACUAUCAAUUUUUCCUCCCAGAUAGCAGUAGAUGUUUAGUUGGUACCCAAUUCUUUUGGUAGGCUGUAGAGUGAGAUUUUCUAUUUCUUAUUCCAGGGAUAGUUUCCUAUCCUAUUCUUUUUGCAUUCAAGACAUGAAGAUCCAGUCUUUUUCGAGGUUGAUUUUGAAUUGUGUUGAAUUCUCUACACAAGCAGCAAUCCCCAACCACCUCCUCCCCCCCCCCCCCCCAAUCAUGGAGAAUGUAAUUGUUCUAUUUGAGUUCUUUAUAGUUCCAUUAAUUUGUAUUGUUUAAUUUUUUGCCCCAUUUGAGGUAGAACUCUUGUAUUGAUUAUAUAUACACAAUCCUUGUGUAAAAAUGGUGCUUAAACUCUGUGAUUGGCAUGGAAUAUCUCCAAGACAUUGAAAUUUUUUUG